AUGGACGACCCUCAGGUUACUAUCCGCCAGCCUGCCGCUGCUCUGAGCUCCAUCAACGGCCACUCCACAGCGGCGCCUGGCCCCCCGGCAAACAAGAAGAAGCCCCGCCGCGGUGCCGACUCGGCCGCGCAGAAACGGAGAUGCGUGAGCACCGCCUGCAUUGCUUGUCGCCGGAGGAAAUCCAAAUGCGAUGGCGCCCUGCCCAGCUGUGCUGCCUGUGCCAGCGUGUACGGCACUGAGUGCGUUUACGAUCCCAACUCGGACCACCGACGCAAGGGCGUGUAUCGUGAGAAGAUCGAUAGCAUGAAGGCCCGCACGUCCACUCUGCAGAUUCUCAUCGAAGCCAUUCUUGAAUGCCGCCGAGGACGAAGUGCCGGACAUUGUCAAACGGAUCCGGGACGUGCGACAGCCCUCGACACGGUGCCCGAACAGAUUAUCAAACACGAAGACAACUCACAGGAGGACGAGCAAGGGUUCGAAGAGACCUUUGAGGAUGAUGGUAAGGCUGUCGAGUUGAAAAAGCUGAGUGAACUGCACCGCCGACUCGAGGACUGGCGCAAAGAGCUUCCUCGAGAACUUGAACCCAAGGAUGGCCAACUGCCAAACGCCAUCCUCAUGCAUACAUCCAUCUAUUCCGCCCCUUCCUCAAGUAUACCCCUGCGGCCUCGCCCCCUACCAUCCCACGUCUCACCGCGGCGGAUCUGCACCGCCAAUGCCGGUGCCAUAUCCAAGCUCAUGCGCCUCUACAAGAAGACUUGGAACCUGCGCCAGAUUUGCAAUAUUGCUGUCUACAUGGUGCACAGCGCAUGCACCAUUCACAUGCUCAACCUACCCGAGAAGACAGCUCGACGUGACAUCACGCAUGGUGUCAAGCACCUCGAGGAGAUCGCCGAAGAUUGGCCAUGUGCGCGCCGCACCCUUGGCAUCAUCAGUGUUCUCGGUCGGAAAUGGAACGUAGAGCUUCCUGACGAGGCCUCCGUUACCCUUCGUCGCACAGACGAAAAGUAUGGUACCUUCAACACGAGCGACGUCCCAAGUCCUUUCUCAAACCACGGAACCGGCGUUUCUCCGACGGGCUCCAACGACCAUGUGCCAUCGCCCGCUCCUCAACCCACCCAGGGCUACAGUCCCAUCGACCAGUUUAUCCAACCACGCAUACCGGGCGACAUCUCGGCGCAAACCGGGAACUUCCCUCUCGCCAGCCCCUCGCUUGACCUUGCUUCUCUCACAUCAACACCAACCUCGAAUCCACAGGUCCCCCUCACCUCGUGGCCGUCGGCACAGCCCAUUCCUGCCUAUCACCGCCCUCAAAAGCAACAACAACAACAACAUCAACAGGCGCAGCAGCAGCAGCAGCAACAACAACAAGCACAACAGCAGCAGCAGCAGCAGCAGCAACAAGCACAACAGCAACAGCAACAGCAGCAAAGACAUCAACGACCGAUGCCCCCACGACCGCUACCUCCCAGCCCCCAGGUCUUCCAAGAGCUCGACCAAGACUGGUUCCUCAACGACGGCGCCAAGUGGCACCAGAACUUCGAGGCUUGGGGCAUGGCGGGCAUGUCCGCAAAACAGAGCCCGCAAAACAUGUUCAUGUUCCAGGGCGGCACUCCCGGCAGUAGCGGCAAGACAAAUAUCGCGCCAAUGGGCCGCAGGCUAACGCCGCUCCCGCCUCGAAAUGGCUCAGAGGAGCCGCAUCCGGCUUUGAGGCGCUGA